ACAGAAUAUACUAACGAAAAAUCACACAUUUGCAAAUUACUUUGUCAUCGGUCGUACUAGAAUUAUCAAGAACUAUUUUGAAACUAUAAAUACGAAGAACAUAUUUUUCAUUAAUCAGUUAUUGUCAAAUUGUCUAGUUAGUCAAGAAAUAGAUUAUAAGUGCUACUACGUCUUUAGAGUGAUUAAUGUGAUUUUAAAAUAUGGAAUUGCCUCAUUUAGGAAAACAUUGCUCAAAAUUAAACUGCAAUAAGCUAGACUUUCUACCGAUAAAAUGUGAUGCCUGCAAUUUGUUGUUCUGUGAUGAACAUUUUAGAUACACUACACAUAACUGCAAAAGAGCUUAUCAAAAAGACAACCAAGUGCCAGUAUGUCCAUUGUGUAACAUUCCAAUACCUGUACAAAAAGGUCAACAUCCUGAUUAUGUGGUAGGUUCCCACAUCGAUUCUGACUGUCAAAGUGAUCCAGCAAAAUCAAGACGACGAGUUUUUACAAAUAAGUGCUCUUAUAAGAGGUGCAAGAAUAAGGAAGUUAUUCCAGUGAUUUGUAAUGAGUGUGCAUUAAAUUUUUGUUUAAAGCAUCGCCAUCCUGCAGACCAUACAUGUGAAGGAAGGGGUGCUAAAAGAAAAUGGAUUUUUGAUGCGCAACCAAAUCAUACAGUUUCUGAAACUAUCCAAGGUUCAUUAAGUGAAGAUGAAGCAUUAGCAAAGGCUUUAGCACUCUCAAUGCAGGACAAUGGUCCUUGCAAUAAGAAAACACAGGAAGAAUUAGAUUUAGCCUUAGCAAGACAGCUCCAAAGUGCUGAAGCACAAGCAACAACUGCUUCAAGAACAUCUAGGAAUGAUAGAUGUAAUGUUUCCUAGCUAUUUACAGCAAUUCCUGUGCUUCAUUUAAAUCAUAAAACUAAGAAAAUCACUGCUACCUUAGAAUGUUGAGAAGAGCUUACAAUUUCUAAAAGUAAUAGAAAACAUAUUCUGACCAAGCUUUUUUAUUGUACAAAUUAGAGAUUAUAUAUAAUUACAGCUUUUAAUAGUGAUAUAUACAAAAACACGUUCUGCUACAAUGUUAAGAUUAUUAUUAUUCA